AUGAUAUACAUCGUACUCAGUAUGAUGUACCCAGUCCAGAAACCGGGAUACCCACCGACCAAUCUCAUCGGAAGCUCUGCAACCUUCGUCUUAACAGCCCUGGACCUGCUACUCAUCCACCCUCAAGCCGGGCGCGACUUCGUCGACGCCAAUGGAAAUACAAAAGGCUUUCCAUCCCGUCUAGUCCAGGCUGUUCAAUUAAUCACAUUCUCACGGGCGAUCAAUACACCUCGACAGGUGAAAAAUGUCCCGUCCUUCCCUGAAUACUACAAGAGAGAUAAAGUGAUCCCUCGAGCUCGUUUCUUGGUUAGAGAAACUGCUAUCGCUAUCUGGCAGUUUCUGGCUCUAGAUACACUUGCCGUCUUGGCCUUGAGCCAAGCUAUGAAUGACCAAGAAUCGUCAAUUUCUUCCUCCCAAUCGGAUACCGGGCGAAAAUGGAUAGAACAGUUUAUCCAGACUUUCGUUGCUUGGUUCGUUGUGUCUAGAAUCUUGAUCAGCUUUUACUACCGCAUCGCGUCAAUCAUCUCCGUGAGUCUGGGUGAUUCUCCCUCGAACAGCCCGCCGAUAAUUGGGAGAAUGGCGAAUGUGUAUACAUUACGGAAUUUCUGGGGGAAAUUCUGGCAUCAAAUGCUACGACUGCCCCUCACGUCUACUAGCAACUUUCUCGCGCGUGAUGUCCUCCGUCUGCCUAGACCAUCGUUUGUGGAACGAUAUGUCAACGUUUUCAUCGUUUUCUUUUUAUCCGGAUUGAUUCAUGUAGUCAUCGAUAGUCUGCGGAACGUUUCGCUAGAGGAACUUGGGACUAUGGCCUUUUUCCUAUCUUUCGUUGUCGGCUAUAUGAUUGAAGACGGUGUCAUCGCUCUCUGGAAGAGAACCCGUGGUUCCCAGAAUGAUAGCUUGCCGGCGUUGUGGCAACGGGCCCUUGGAUUUUGCUGGGUCAUCACAUGGCUCGGUGUUACAUCUCCUUGGUUUUUCAGGUCAGCCAUGACCAAGCCCGAAGAACAGAUGGUUUUGAUUCCUUUCAGUCUUGCUGGGCUCAUUGACCUCCCUGUAUUGCAGAGUAUAGUUAUUGGCGGUGGCAUUGUGUUGAAGUUUGUGUUCGAGGGAGAGAUUUGA